AAGGCUACGUGUUGGUCUCUCUGAACCCUUCACACAAACUGUUCAAAGUACUUAUGGUAAAUCUACUCAUAAGAUCUGUGCCAGGCAGCCAGAGACGUCGCGCCAUCAAUUGGAGUAGAGGAUCUGCUGUAAAAGAUAAUCUCUGACUCUGGGAGAUACCAGAUCCUCCCAACUAUCAUUAUCUCCUCUUCCGAGAGCGGUACGAACUGCUGUGGAGCUGUAUGUCUGCUCUGCCACCCCGAUAUCAAUGAACGCAAUCCUAUUGGACUUGAAGUACUUUUCAGCCAAUCGUAGGGUCGACUCCUCCGCAUCCGACGUGGGAGACCGUCGCGCACAAGCGACUCGUGCGUUCCCGACGUCAGGCGAGAAAAACUCGUCCAGCGCAGCAAACAUCUUCGCUUCCGCCUCCGUGCCAUCAGACGACGACGAGUAGUAUCGUGGCGCUACAAGACGCUCCAGCGUGUCGAAGCCCAGGAUGAAGGUGAGCUCAGGUCGGAUGAGGUUGUUGGCGCUAAGCGCAGACAGCCGGUGUUUCAGGAACGUCUGCAACUUGGUGGCUUUCCCGACAAACGUAGGCUCAUCUAUGAUUCCUACAGCCACGCUGUCUUCAUCUCCAGCGUCCUGAGCCAAGAGCCGCAUCAUCUCGAGCCGUUGCAGGUAGGUCGCGUCCGUCGACUUGAGGGUCUUGUCGGCAUUCUUGAUGGAGAGCAGAUAGAUCUUGGCAUCAUAUCCACUAGAUUCGACAAACGGGCGCGGCGCAUUCGCUAACGCCAUGUGUGCUCGCGUCGGGGGAUUGAACGAUGAGUCCAUGAUCGAGAUUCGCAGAGCUCUGGGAGUCCGGGAAGUUUCGCUCUCGGAACGCCCCAGCGGCCAUCGCUCGUAUGGGACAUGGACUAACUCGAACUGAGAUAGGCCUCGUUGUACAGAGUUGAUAAGAUUAAUCGUGGAAGCUGUCCGUGCCAUGGCGGGAUGGAUAGUAUGUGGCGGCGAGGCCGGGCCGGAACCACGACAGAUGUCAAUCAGAUCCAUCAAUCCCGAAAAAACUUGCUCUCGACCCCCGACAUGAGCAGCCUCAUCUCGGCUGUCUCAUGGGUCAAACGCGGUGCCGCGAUCAGGCACCCGGAAAAAUAUGUCCUCGAUGACAAUGAGCUCCAGCGCGUAAGCCAACUCGCGCGGAUCGAGAUCGAAGAUGCGAGAGUAGAGAUGGAACGAGCCCACGAGGCUGCAAAGGCGAUGGGGAUGGGUGCAGAGGGCGAGGAGGCGGAUGACGCAGGGGAUAAUGACGACGAGGCGAAUUGGGUCGAUUUACAGUGAGGACGACGAUGCGAUGGACGUAGACUCGGAGUCGAAGCCCAAGCCCGGUAAUCCCGAAGAUCUAUCCGAGUAUAAUAUGGACGAUUAUGACAAUGACGCCAAGACGAUAUCUACUGGUCCAUUCAGUAACAUCAAAGGACUGACAUACUACCAAAACGACGAAGACGACCCAUACGUCACAUUGAAGGAGGAUGAUACCGAGGAAGAGCGUGAACAACUCGAAAUACUCCCCACCGACAACCUUCUCGUCGCUGCGAAAACCGAGGACGAGAUCUCUCAACUCGAAAUCUACGUGUACGACGAGUCCGAGGAGAAUCUCUACGUGCACCACGAUCUCAUGCUACCCAACUUCCCCCUCUGCCUCGAAUGGCUUGACUUCCCCCCGACAACGAGCCACGCCACCUCAACAUCCGCCCCCACAAGUAAUGGCUUCGGAAACUUCAUCGCUGUCGGAACACUAGAUCCUGAGAUCGAGAUCUGGUCACUGGACGUGCUGGAAGCGAUGUAUCCGACAUCUAUUCUCGGACGGCCAGACGAGACAAAAGCACACGUGCCGACACCGCUUGGAACCGGCAAAAAGAAGCGCAAAAAGACCAAGCAUCGCACAGCAGUGGACGCGCACCACGUCGACGCUGUGCUCGCGCUGAGCUGGAACAAAACCCAGCGCAAUCUGCUGGCGAGUGGUAGUGCAGACCGCACCGUGAAGCUAUGGGAUCUGACGCGGGAUCCGAGUGCCGGAGAGGGUGCGAUCCGGAGCUUUGAUUUGCACAAGGACAAGGUGCAGGCUGUAAGAUGGAACGAGCGCGAUCCCAGUGUGCUGUUGACGGGCAGCUACGAUCGGACUGUGCGGACUUUCGAUACGAGGGCGCCGGAUGGAGGUGUUGGUGCUGUAGUUGGGAGCGACGUGGAAGCCUUGCGAUGGGAUCCCUGGGAAGAGUACGGCUUCUACGUCUCUCUGGAAAAUGGCUUGGUUCUCAACUUUGAUAUCCGGACACUGCCUACGAAUCUCAACGAUCCGUCGCCGGCCAAGUUCACCCUCUCAGCACAUGAUGGGGCAACGUCUGCACUGGAUAUCAACCCCCACAUCCGGGGCUGUAUUGUAACCGGUGGCAAUGACAAGCUAGUGAAGGUAUGGAACAUCGCUGGCGACGAUGCCUCGCGAAGUGUCAGUCUCGUUACUUCGCGAGAUCUCGGUGUUGGCAAGGUCUUCUCGGCUGUGUGGUCUCCCGACGAUCCCCUUACUCUGGCUGCCGGUGGCUCACAAGCCAAGCUGCAGAUCUGGGACGUGGCAGCAAACGCGGGUGCCAGAAAAGCGUUUGGACCCAAAUUGAAGGAAGCCGGUCGCGUUUUGAAGGAGAGGCAAGCCGACGGCGAUCAUGGUGGAUUGGUUGGACUUGUUGAUGAUGACGAGGAAAGCGAGGAGGAGGAGUGAAUGUAGCCGUCGGUCUAGAUCAAUGCUCUGGCGAAUGUACCACGCUUUGCCCCUGACUGUCGCAUGGCCAUGUACGGCACUGCCACACCGUACAUGCACUUCCGGUCGAUCCGUGAUUUUGAUCAUGUAGCUUUUUGAGUUGCCCGUUCCAAGCCCUUACCCUUGCAGCUUCCACCCAAUAAACUGUUCUGACGUGCAUCUUUGUUGCAUCUGUCCAACCACCCGUCGUGACGGCUCGCAUGUCCACGAUGUUCCAUAACCAUUCAAUCAAGUCAGCCGACAUUCGUCACAAGCAAACUACCCACGCCGGCAACACGGAUAUUCUAUCAGGGGGCCGACAAAUAAAAGCAGAAUCAUAUGCUACACGCACAUAGAUCCACCAUCUUCCUCUUCCCCGCAUGGACACACUCGUGGUCAGACUGCGCACACUCUUCGCUGCGUACCCUCGGCUGCUGUGGAGUGCCAGUGCAGUCGCGGCGUGCGCUGUGCUCGUGCGCCUGCUGUCGAAAUCGCAGCGGAGGAGCGCGUACAUCUCGCGUCUCGGGCUGGUGGGAUCGGCGGCGCCGGGCAAGUUGUGGGAGACGUGCGCGUACGAUGUCAUCAUCGUCGGGGGAGGUACCUCGGGUUGUGUGCUUGCUGCGCGGUUGAGCGAGGACCCGUCUAUUCGCGUGCUUUUGCUGGAGGCGGGAGGGAGUGGCAGCGCUCUGAUGUUCUCUCGCAUCCCCUCUGGAUUCGGCAGGCUGUUUUUGUCGAAACACACGUAUGGGAUCAAGACGGAACCGCAAGUCUUUGCUAAGUCGCAGCGACGCGUCUUUCCCAGAGCGAAGCUUCUAGGCGGUUGCAGCAGCAUCAACGCCCAGAUGGCUCAGUACGGUGCUCCGGGCGACUUUGACGAGUGGGGUGCCUUGAUGAAGGACGAGUCGUGGUCCUGGAGGAAUUUGCAACAGUACUUCCAGAAGUUCGAAAAGUACCUCCCAGAUGCAGCGUUUCCCGACGUGGAGACAUCAGAACGCGGUUCGAGUGGUCCUAUGCGAGUCGGCUACUUCAACACAGUCUCUGCCCACUCAAAGGCAUUCUUAACGGCGUGCGAGCAGGUUGGGAUACCGAACAUUCCUGAUUUCAACACGUCAAAAGGUCCUGUUGGUGCCAGUCGCGUGAGUUCCAUUCCCACAAUUAGAUCCGUUCUGCAGGCUGAUUACUUGGGCAGCUCAGUGAGUUUCUCGGCAAGGACGCAGCCUCAAAUGGAACUGAUUCACGCUCUAGUGACAUACAUCGACGAACAGGGAACUAGAGUGUCCACCGAGUCGGCCUAUCUGACCCCGGAAGUGCUCCGCCGGCCUAACUUGAAGGUAGCAAUUCAUGCGACUGCGACCAAGAUUAUAUUCGAGCAAGUCAACGGCAGCCCCCGUGCGGUUGGUGUCGAAUUUGCUUCAUCAUCAACUGGACUGCGUUACCGCGCUCGGGCCAAGAAAGAAGUUGUUCUCUCUGGUGGUGCGAUUCAUUCACCACAUCUCUUGAUGCUCUCUGGAAUCGGACCCGCAAAACAACUCCAACAGCACGGCAUCCCCGUUGUCCUCGAUCUGCCAGGUGUCGGUGCGAAUUUGAUCGACCACCCGGUCGUCGACCUGUACUUCAACGACAAGAAGCAGUCCUCCGUGAAAAGCCUUGUUCCUUCAAGCCCGGGCGAUGCCGCGCGAUUGCUGCGGUCGUUUGUGCAGUACUCUAUAUAUGGCACCGGGCGGCUGGCAACGAAUUUCGGCGAAUCGGCAGCCUUUGUAAGAACAGACGACCCCGUUCUCUUCCCACCGAGCGAAUAUACCCAAACUCUCGCGGACAGUACCUCUGGAGCAGCAAGUCCAGACCUCGAGCUAUUCUGUACCCCACUGGCCUACAAGGAGCACGGUGCCAUCAUGUUCGACAUGCACACGUAUGCGCUGCACUGCUACCUCGUUCGACCACAAAGUCGCGGUGCAGUGCUCCUCACCUCGUCUGAUCCGUUCGCCAUUCCCAGUGUCAAUCCCAACUACCUCGAAAAGGCCGAUGACCUCGAGAAGCUCAUGCGCGGAUACAAAAUUCUGCUGAAGAUCGCGCACACGAAAGCGAUGGACCCGUAUCUGGAUCACGCGGACACCAACCCUGAACUGGACCAUUUCCUGCACACGAAAUCCGACGACGAGCUGCGGGAAGUCGUCCGGGAGCGGGUCGAGACCGUCUACCACCCGACCAGCACAUGCAGAAUGGCGCCUGCGGAGAUGGGCGGUGUCGUCGAUGCUCGAUUGAAGGUUUAUGGGGUCGCGGGUUUGAGGAUCUGCGACGCCUCAAUAUUCCCAGAUAUCGUCUCUGGCCAUACGGCCGGCGCGUGCAUCGCUAUAGCUGAGAAAUUCGCUGACGAUAUGAAGAGGGAUCUUGCUGUGGAGGUGUGAAAGCGUUGUAA